GCCUAGCAACUGUCAAUUAAGAAUAUGAGAAAGUUGCAGUUGCCCACUUUUUCGGGCAAAUAUUGACUAAAACCAUCGAGGGAUUGCAGAUAUUUGGAAUCAGAAACGUUAUUUGAAACACCAAGACAACUAUGUCGCAUAGCACGUACAACAAGCAAUGGACGGAGGCGCAGAGUGCCAUCACGGACCUGCUCCAGCAGGAAAUGCCACCGGAACCACCAAAGCCAGAAAAAGAUCGACUGGCAGCCUUCCAGCUUUUGGCAACAAUGUACAUCAAAUAUAUCCAGAUUUUCCGCCGACUUGAGCAGAGUUAUGAUCAGAUAGUCCAUCCCCAGAAGCGGCGAGUCCUCCGUCAUGUCCUCGAUGGGACGAUGGGUCGAGUGUUGGAACUGAAAGAUGAGAUGGUCAAACUUGAGUUCUCAGAGUUCCACUACUUUGAUGAUGUUUUAUCUGAUUUGAAACUCACACCUAAUGAUGUUGAGAUGCCAAUUCCCAAGUACUUCAUUCACGAGAGAUCAAAGGCCCUCAAAGAAAGGGAGAAGUUACUCGGUCAGAUUCUGGCUCGAAUGGGGCCACAGGACAAAGAUGCAGACAAAGAAGAGAUGAAGAUGACCUUGGAAGAUGCAAUCCGUCUCAUUCAAGUCCAUGAACGUGCACGUCAGGGUCGUCUCAGGGCAAAAUUCAUGCGGGAGAUUCGCGUCCAGGAAGAAAGGGAGAGAAAUGCUGCCAACAGGGGGGCACCUACACUUGAUCCUGAUGUGGCUGCUAUCAGGAUUCAGAAGGUUUGGAAAGGGUUUGCACAGCGUAGGCGCACAAGACGUGAACGUGAAGAGGAGAUGAUCUUCAUAGGCAUGACGCCACCUCCUGGUCCGACCAAUUUGAAGAACACUCCCCAGGCUCAAGCAGUCCGUGUCGAGGGAGCAAGGCGUGUCACGCAGGAGAUGCAUGAGCAGGAGUAUCAACAGUCGCUGGUUACCAUCAAGGAUAAGAUCACGGAGACAGAAGGCCCAGACAUGAAGGAGACUAUGCAGGAUCAGAUCAGGCAGUGGUUCAUUGAGUGCAGAGAUGUCCAGGGGAAGUUCCCUGAAUACCCACCUGAUGAUGAGGGAGGGUCGGGUGCCAUCUUCAAGGAGAAAGACCCAGCGGAGGUUGAAGCUGAACUCCGAGAAAAGGAAGAAGGGAAGGACAAAAAGGGCAAAGGGAAGGGCAAGAAAGAGAAGAAGGGCAAAAAGGAUAAAAAGGACAAAAAGGGAAAGAAAGGGAAGAAGGGCAAGGGAGGUGAUGAUGAUGAUGAGGAAGAGGGGUGGAAGAUGGCACCAUCAAACUUUGUACCCUGUGUCAAUGAGGGGACGGAUACAUUCAAGAGUGUAUGGCAGACGCGUGACGAGGCCGAGAACUUCAGCCAGAAGCAUGAUGCUGAACUGAUCAAGGAAGAGAAGAGAGUCGAGGUAGAAUCUGAGAUCAGGAUUCAGGUUGAUGAGCUCAUGAGGCAGGAACUCAAGAACCUGAAGAUGGCCGUUGACCGGGACAAGGGCAAGAAAGGCAAAGGGAAGAAGUCUGGAAAGAAGAAAAAGAAGAAGGGCAAGAAGAGUGGCAAGAAAGGCAAGAAGGGCAAGAAAGAGAAGGACUUGACGCCAGACAGGACUAUUGAGGAGCUCUAUGAAGAGCUGGUGACCGAGGGCGUCAUUAUCCGCUGUCCCAAGACCCAGCUGACAGACUACGAGGGAGAAUACAGCUACCUUGGCACAACCCUCCGUCAGGCCAACAUUGAGCCCAUGCCGUCACUCAGUGAUGUUCGCAGGCUGGUCGCAGAGUAUGGUAUACUUCCAGUCGGUUCUCCUGCUGUCCAUGAGAAGGCGCCACUGGUGAAGUCGCUGCUGCUGGCUGGUCCAAGAGGGACGGGUAAAAAGAUGUUGGUGCAUGCGAUAUGUACAGAAACAGGGGCGAAUCUCUUUGACUUGACUGCUACCAACUUGGCUGGAAAAUACCCAGGAAAGGAUGGCCUAAAAAUGCUUUUACAUCUUAUUUUCAAGGUGGGACGUGCCCUCCAGCCAUCAGUGUUUUACAUCGGAGAGUGUGAGAAGAUGUUUAAGAAAAAAAUACCCAAGACAGACUUGUCGGAGCCUAAACGAUUGAAAAAAGAUUUACCAAAAUUGAUGAAAAAUGUGAAAGGGGAGGAUCGGUUGCUAUUGGUUGGGACAUCCAGAGCCCCUUUUGAUGCCGAGAUGAAGCCGUUUGCAGCUUUAUAUCAAAAGAUCGUGCUUAUUCCUCGUCCUGAUUAUGCAUCAAGGCACUUGAUAUGGCGCAAGAUAAUAAUAAGGCACAAUGGCAUCAUCACUAAUACCCUCGACAUAAGUUCGCUGGCUAAGAUCACUGAUGGCUACACCAUGGGACAUAUGGAGACAGCAAGCACACAGGUCCUGACUGAUCGAAGGGUUGCUCAGAUGGGAAAGAAACCCCUACAGUCGGUUGAAUUUAUUGCUCCGCUUGCCAGGAUCGACCCAGUUUAUAAAGAAGAGGAGGAGGCCUUUAAGAACUGGUAUGGCAAGACUCCUCUUGGAAAGAAACGUGCCAAGGCAGCCCAAGGUGAUGAUGACGACGGAGGUGGAAAGGGCAAAAAAGGAAAGAAGGGCAAAAAGGGCAAGAAGGGCAAGAAGGGCAAGAAAGGGAAGAAGAAGAAGUAAACAAAACAGGAUGUUACAUCUGAUCUGCUGCUAUGCAUGGUUUUUCAGCUUUGAGCAAUAAACUAUAAACAAUUUUACUUACAAUUGUCUGCGACUUUCAGCGAUUUUCAAACUUUGGGUUGAAACUGCUGAUAACUGACUAUCUGUGUUUAUCUUGGUCUUUUCUACCUGUAUGGUUCAUCUAUAGGCCUACAUGUAUGCUGAUGAUACUGAUAUAGACUGAUGCUGAUAUGACCAGGUCUCCAAGAUGCCAAUGUGGCAUUUUCUUCUUGUCAUAUUUUUAAACUGCUGUUCUAAUAAUCCUACUGUUGUAUCUUGAAAUGUUUAUACCAAUGGCAAUGCUGGCACUUUCUAAUACUUCCUUCAUGCUGACCAUUUCUUAUACAUUGUUUGAAAUCCGUCCAGAUUAUUUUGGUGAAGUAUAGCGUUAUUGGUUGGUUGUGGCAUAACAUAGUAUACUGGUACAUAAUUCUAUGUUAGCUUUUUAGUGAUAGCCCGUCCUUGGAGAGUGGACCAUUUUCCCUAUAGAGUUCACCUCUUGUGCCAGUUGCUGAUUUUUAUUUCAAGGUUGCUUAGAACUGAGAACUACUUCUGAAAUAACCACAACUUCACAUUCUUCCAACAUGCAUGUGAUAUAAUCCGUCCAAUCUACUGAUGCUUGUACACCAUUGUAUUAACUGCUGUAAUCAUCAAUUGUUAAAACUUUUGAUCUGACACAUGCAUUGUAUGGCAUGGCAGACGUUUUACGGUCACAAUCCUGCUAAACAAUAAAUAUAUA